AUGCAGGAAGCACUACUCUCGCAUGGGGGAGUCAAUGGUGUUCGUGUGGCAGUUUUACAGACAGUGCCAGAAAUAAAUCAAGAACAGAAGAUCCCGGGAAUAAGCAAACUGCACAAUUUCGAGUUCAGCGAUGGGGCACUUGUGGCCUGGCGGGCGUACAACAUUGGUUCAGGAAAACGUUUUGUGAUGGAGAAAAGUACAGGUCAGUUUUACUACGUGUUUUUUACCAGAAUUUUAGAAAGUUGGUAAUCUGAAGGGGCCUAUUAAAGUUGUUUUACUUACGAUGAAACAAAACUUUUGAAAGGAACUUUCAUAAUUUUAUGCGUAAAAUACAUUUAUAUGCCUGGCAACGUUAUCAACUCUGAAUCAGUAUUUUAAGUAUUGAUUUAUUCAUUCAGAUUCAAAUUUAAACAACAGUUUUCAACAAGGAGAGAGAAAUUGGAUGCAACCUCAGUCGUACUUGGUUAUUAGUAUGACUUAUCCUUUACCAGUUUUAUUUGUAAGUAAUCUACUCUUAAGUUCAUAUUUUAUUAUUGCAGAUGUAAACUACGGUUGGCUCUCCGCUAAGUUUUCGGAUGGUAAUUUUAAGACGGUAUCCAUGGUUAGACAACCCAAGCAACCCAGCAGGGAACAAACCGACGUCCCUCAAGAAACUUCUGCUUUGCCUAGCACUGAUGAUUUGUUCUCGUGUCCACAAGAAGGCUGUGUACGAGUGUUUCAACGAUUCUCUGCUCUUGAACAGCACCUUUCCCUGGAAGCUUGCGAGCUGUGCCCUGAAAAAUAUAGCCUGUUGGACCUUGCAAAACAGGAGUACGCCUCUCGCCUUCAGGAAGGUACAGGACUUGUGCCUUCGUUACACUUCCCAGCCUCGCAAGUGUUAGCCGACAGCUACCGAGCCUGCAAGGAGGGCUGGGCCUUAAAAGGAGCAAAGAAGGCUGAAAGGUUUAAUGAAGCACAGAGGUCCUAUUUAGAAGCAAAAUUCAACAUCGGUCAAAGCACUGGGAAGAAACUAGAUCCUGAUGUCGUCGCCAAAGAAAUGCGUCGGGCUCGCGGCCCAAAUGGUGACAGGCUGUUCGUCGUAACGGAAUUUCUAUCUGCUCAACAAAUUUCAUCCUUCUUUUCUCGUUUGGCUGCGAAAGCACGUCAGAAAGAGGUGCAGGUGACAGAGCAAGAUGCACUCGCGGUAGAAGAGGAGGUCAACUUCUUUACAGCCAGAGACAGAGUGCUUUCGUCCCUUCAUGUUACUCACCCUAUUGUAGUCGAUCAGUACGACUUGUGUGCCUUGGUAAAAAGCAAGGAAAUAAAGAAGCUGAAAGUGGGUUUGUUACAAGUCCUCUGUGAGUCCUUGGACCUACAAGCACCAAUCCCGCCAGUACGAAGGAAAGCACCCUACGUCUCUAUUCUUCAAGGAUUAGUAGAGAGUUGUAGUUGUUCUACUAUGUAA